UGCUGGAACCACAGGUAGGACGGAGACUUUUCCAGUUUAAUAGGCAACCUGCAGCUUGGGCUUGUCUGGUGAAAGAGUGUCGAGCAUAGUGGUUCUCUAAAUUGUUUCAAAUUCAGAGUUGUAGACUUGAGUCCAGAGCGCUAUUGUAAUGCACAAUACUGUAUUGAUUGCUUCUUUUCACAUCCAUUGUGUCAAAGAAUGAACAUUCUGUCUGUCCAGGCAAAAAGAAAAAUACACAUUUUCUUAUUGUAAAACAUAAAUAUAAAGGAAAGAAUGAGGCACAAAGAUUAAAUAGAUUGGAGUUGAUUGAACUGUUUCAUGACAAAUUGAUGCUAUUUGAGCAUGCUGUUAUAAAUACAUUUGAAAGUGAGAUUGCCAUCUAUGACACCGGUUUAUCUCUGAAAUAAUUCUAUCCACAGAUAAUAAGAGCAUAUUCUCUCUUCGGUAUUUGGAGUUGAGAUUGGUUGAGCAAAGAGGGGAACAGUGGGCUGAAACAAAUCUACCUCCCUCACCACCACAGUGGAGGCUGGUAAGGGAGGAUGGAAUGUAAUGAAUGGUACCCUUACCACCACCUUCCCUUAAUCACCACCACUCCCUCCUCUCUAUCCCCAAUCCCUGGAGUUUAAUUAGGCUCUCUAAGCUCUGUCUGAAUAAUGCAACACCUGAGCACACCUGAAUGUCUCUGCUCAAACAGACAGAACGAGAGAAAGAGAGAGAGAGAAAGAAAGAGGGACAAAGAGAGAGGGGGUGGAGGGGGAGAGAUGAUUUGCAUUUUGCGCAGUACUUCCUGGUAAGCCUGCCCUCCAAAGCUAUGGCCUAGAAGAAAAUAACAUAGAUAUUUGUCCACAGAUGGGAACAUUAUAGAUUAUGUCUACAAUAAUUUACAUUCAAUAACUGGGUUUAAGUCUUUUUUUCUUAAGUUUUAUGACCAUUUGAAAUGUGCUUGAAAUGCAAUGACAAAUACUUUACAAGACUACCAUCUAGUGGUGUUUUUACCCGGUUUCGUAAUAUGCCACUACACGAGUUUGUAUGCGUUAUUUGUGGGCAACCUUGUUAUUUACGAAGUUUUUGGAUCAGUCUCCUGUUGGAACGUUCCAAAAAUUAUACCUACCAACAUUGGAACAUGUGCUGUGUGGGCAGUAUGAUAGGGAAGGAGAGAGACUGAGAAUAUGGGAGAAUGGGAUCCAGUAAUUGAGUUUAAGUAGCAUACUGAGUUGAACACAGGUAGAUCAAAUAUAUGACAACAUAUUUGUGAUUGUAAGAGAAACGUAGCUGGCAGAUAGGAUUCAGUUCCUCCCAGUACAGUGGGUGGCACUAAUGCACCAUAACGUUGAAUGCCAACUGCCGAUAAACGCCAAAGAAGAAGAACAGCAGUACCGCGGAUAAACCGAACAGAAGAGCGUCAGCUGUAUUGACCACGUGACAUUUGAAGAUGGCUGCCUGCGUGGAGAAAAAAAUAAAUUCAGAUGAACAGGAGUGGAUACUGGAGCCUCUGUGUUUCCCUGAGCAGCCUGCUACAGACAUCGGCACCAACUCAUCCUCUCAUCAUGACAUGGAGGUGGUGACCUGUGUGCUCUGCUCUCACUCCGCCCCUUUGUCAGAGAAGGACCGCCUCCUAAAGCACCUAGUACUGGUGCACAAGCUGGUCAUCGCUGAUGUCAAACUCAUCGCUGACUUUCCUAAAUACAUGGAAUACUGGAAGAACAGAAUCUCUGAGCAACUCAUCACAGAUUUCUGCAGUGUGAUCAAGACUAACUCGCAGGGCCCUGUUGAAAAACAGGAGCACUACUUCCUUCUGUGCGAUGUCCUGCCAGAGGACAGGGUCCUCAGAGAACAUCUCCAACAGAAACGACUGGAGGAGAUCCUGGAGCAGCAGCAAAGGGAGAGGGAUGACAACAGCUUCCAUCGCAUCUGCAUGUUCUGCAAUGACGAGUUCAAUGGGAACAGGUCGUCACUGCUCAACCACAUGGCCAGGGAGCACUCGUUCAGCGUGGGACUGCCUGACAACAUAGUGUACUGCGUAGAGUUCCUUGACCACCUGCAGAGCAAACUGGAUAAUCUGCAGUGCCUGUAUUGUGAGAGAACAUUCAGAGACAAGACGACACUGAAGGAUCACAUGAGAAAGAAACAGCACCGCAGAAUCAAUGGCAACAACAGCGAGUAUGACUGCUUCUACAUUAUCAACUACCUGGAGCUGGGGAAAACAUGGGAAGAGGUCCAAUCUGAGGAUGAUCGGGAGAUGGAGGAUGAAGAUGAUGAUUGGUCAGACUGGCAGGCUCACCCAGUGUGUGCUGUGUGCCUGUUCUGUGAGCAGCAGUCAGAGAGCAUGGAGAAGAUCUACACACACAUGGAGGAAACCCACGGAUUUGAUCUGCACAAGUUGAAGACCGAACUCGAUCUGCGGUUCUACCAGCAGGUCAAACUGGUAAACUACAUCAGACGAGAGAUCCACCAUUGCCGUUGCUAUGGUUGCCAGGAAAAGUUUGGGUCCAAACCUGAGGUUAUACGUCAUGUAAUGGAGGCAGGUCACGUGAUGCAGCUACCAGAGACGUCAACCUGGGACCAACCACAGUAUUACUUCCCCACCUAUGAGAACGACGCCCUCCUCUGUGCCUUGUCGGACAGUGACAGUGAAUCAGAACACACAGGCCCUUGGAGAGACGUCCCUGUCAUAGCUGAGGACAUCUCUAACCUGAAAGUCCUGAAGCAGACCAGCGUCCUCAGCCACCUUCUGAAGAACACAGACAGCUCUUGUUAAAAAGCUGGAUGGAUGGACCAAUGAUGUUAUAAACUCAGUGGAGGAAGGCUCAUAGAGGGACACAGUGCAACAACUUCUCGCUUCGCUGUAUCUCCAACAAGAAGGCGAUGCCCAUCAGACACUGUGCACUUAGCAGACCAGCACACAUGUGCAGAAAUGAACAUGGCCUGUUUCACAAGAAUUGAGCCUGGACUACAUUUAUGUAUUAUGUUUAUGUAUUAUGUCAUCAUACUUGGUACAAAUCACAAUGUACAACAUACCUGCAGGUGGAUUUGUUUCAUAUAGUAUGACUGCUGACAAACGUGACCUCACUGCAGAGAUGUGACAAUUGCUAAAUGUAAAUAAACAUUAUGAAUAUACUAUAACUGA